AUGUUUUCAUCUUUCUGGAAACUAGGAUCAUGGGGCGAGAAGAAAGUUUUUGUUAGAGGUUUGGUUAACACGCGACCUGUCAGAAGGAGACGAAAGAUGAUUUCAGAAGCAGAAGAAAAUUUCAAAAAGUCUCAAGGGCAUGAUUAUUUCUUGAAAACCAUUAAUGGAAACCGCAUAAAAGUGUGUCGUUUACUAUUUAUAAACACGCUUGGACUAGGCGAAGACAGUUUGAAACGAUGGAUGAAAGAAACUGAUUUCAGUACUGGACAUAACUCGUCCACUUCAAAUUCUGAUACCUCUUCCCAAUCGUUAUCAAUAGUUGAGACCAAGAGAGUGAAAUCUCAAGAAACUCGCAGAUCUAUCGAGCGAAAACAGGUUACUGAAACCGUGAUGACAUGGCUCUCCAGCAUACCGAAAGUACCAUCACAUUAUUGCAGAGCAUCAUCUAAUAUGAGAUAUGUGGACAAUGAAUUUAUUUCUAAAAAUAACAUGUACAAAAUAUUCAAAAACUGGUGCAUUGAUGAACAAAAGAAAGCAGCCCAUUUGAAACUUUUCAAAACUGUUCUUAUUGCUGAGAGAAUCGCCAUCCAUAAGCCACGAAAAGAUCAAUGCGAUACUUGUGUGGGACACAAAUGCGGAACUGUGAGUGAAGAAAAUUACAUUGCUCAUCAACAGAAAAAAAACCCUGCAAAGAAAUAUGAGUUACCAUCCAACUUUGACUCGAUUAGACCAGGAAAGAGAGUUAGAGAUCCUGUAGUUGUCGAUAUCAGACAACUGAAAUACUUACCUAAUAAGGAAGUUUACUUCACACUAGAUCAUUCUGAAGAAUGGACUGUGAUGCCACGACGGCGUGAAAACCAAAAAAUGGAAAUUUAUAAGGAACAGCUUUACAAAACUCAACUACCCAUAUCAGACGACAAAUAUAAACAUCUGCAGGAACUGAAAUCCGUAAUGGAAAUGGACCACCAUGCUUUUUAUGAUGUGCUACCGCAUCAACAGAAGAAAAAGAAAUGA